AUGGUACCAAAUUUUCGAAUGUACUCUCAGGGGCGAUUCCUCAAGCUCGCGGUAGCCUGGACGACCGCACGCGGGCAGCGCCUGAGAGACGACUCCGGGCUGUGCGGUCUCGUGGGGCGUUGCCUUUGGAACGAAGGGGAGUUGGAGCGCGGCACAAGAUAUCACGUGCUGGGGGAGCGUCCGCAAGAGCUCUGCGACCUGAUUCUGCAGGACGUGUCUGAUGCGAACGCUAGAAAAUUGGCGGUCGGUAAAGGUGUUCUGCAGUUCGCUCGCAAGAGGAGCCUGAGGGAUGCGAACGCGCUAUUGGCGGCAAACAAGAUGCGCGCGGAGAUCAAGAACCAACACCCCAAGCUCGUGGUCGGGGGAAUCACGCUCGCAGUGGCCCUGCCUUCGGCUCUCGCCGGACGGCGGACGUUCUUCAGGAACGGCGCGAGAGCUUUGGUGCUGUCGCCACUGCCGUACGUGGUCUACGGGGGGGCAUGGAUGAAGCGGCGAGGCGCCACGACCGCAGUGAUGUGCUGA